UUAAUAUUAUAACUUGUUUAACAUUUGAACAAUCAACAUGAGAACGUCUCACUUGAAUAUUAUCCUCACAACUAUCAUCCUGAAUUUUUUUUCAACUGAAAUUAAUGGAAAUGUUGUUAAUAAAAUUGCAAGAAAUUUUGAUAAUUUAUCAACUGAAAAAGUUGAUGACAAUCAGAAUAUUUUGAGAAUAAUAAAUUCAACAAAUUUAUUUGUCAACGAGGCAAAUUUAUCAGUUAAAAAUACAAGUGAAAAUAAAAGACAUGGUAAAUCAGUGUUUGCUUUGGUAGAUUUAGAAAAAUUUAUUAAUACUGGUGUAGAUGAUGAGUCAUCAAUAAAUGAACUUGUAAGACCUCUGGUAACACCAAGAGCAUCACAAUUAAAUAAUCAAUUAUUUUCGAUGCUUCAGUAUUAUCCAAAUAUCAAUGAACAAAUUCAACUUGCAUUAUCAAAUUAUUUAUCAAAUCAACAAGUUCAACCAAUCAAUAAGUUACUUCGAGAUGCCAAGUUAACUAUUAACAAUCGAGAGAGACAAAACAGUAGAAAACCCUCAAAGAUUCAUCAACAAUUUGAUGAAACAAUUGAUGGUGAUGAUGACGAUGAUUCUUUGGAAAUUAAAGAGACAAAAUUAAAAAAAAAUUCAAGUAGAUUUGAUAAUAUUUCAGCAUUAAAAGAUUUAAUUAGAUCAUCAGUUGUUGAAGCAUUGAAUGAGAAUAAUAAGCCACGAAAACCUUCAUCUGCAUCACGUGAAGCUGAUGAUUUGGAAGACAUGAAUGCAGAUGUAGUUGAAGACAAAAAUAAGCCAACAGAGAAGCCAACAGAUAAGCCUACAGAGAAGCCUAAAGAACAAAAUAUUACAACAACAACAGUAUCACCAAUAAAUGGUUAUUAUUAUGGUGGAAAUGCACAAAAUACAAGUGAUGUUAAUUUGGUACAAGACACAUAUGGACCACCACAAAAUGGCUAUAAUUAUAGACCAUUUUAUAAUCAAGGAUUUAAUUAUCAGGGUUUAUAUGGUCCACCAUCAACACUGUCAGAACCACCUGCCUAUGGCCCGGAACCAUUUCGUCCAGACUAUGGAUAUUAUGAUCAACCUGAUUCUAGCAACUUUCCUAAUCUCGUUGAACCGUGGCCAGUUCAACAGGCUCAACCAAUUUAUUAUGCUAGAGGCAGACAAAUAACACAAGAUGACAAAAGUUUUGUCAAUGGAAAUACCUUUAUUCCAUCAACAAGACUAUCACGUCAGACAUGAAAAUAUAUAUUUUUUUAUUAUAAUGUAUUUUUAGUUUAGUUUUUUUUAUAUACACGUCAAUGUUGUAUUAGAUUUUAAUUAUACCUAUAAUUUAAUGAAUAUAAAUUUUGUUUCUUUUUUUUUUUUAACUAUGUUUUUGUUGAAGAGAUUUGGUUGAGGAUAAUUAAAUUGGAAAUGGAUGUUCAGCCAACUGAACACUUGUUGCUUUGAAAUUUUUUAUAUGUUUUAAAGUAUUUUUAUAAAUUAUUUAGCUACAAUUACUUGUCUAUACAAAUAGUGAGUGAAUUUUCAUUGUUAACUUAUAAUUAAAUGUGGCAUU